UCCCCUUGGUUGGAGGUUGCCCAAUACACAAAUUACGGGCCAGGGGUAGGUUUGUUGUUGCAGAAGAAAGAGCUAAACAAACAUUCAUUAAAAAAAAGUGAAGAUAAUAUUUCAGGGAAAGUGUCGCAUGAGCCCCAUGGACAAACAUUAAGAAAAAGCUACGUGCUUUCCUGUGUGGUGUUGCUGGGUGUUACUCUCCCUGCCAUGAGAGCUGACCAGGUCCCCAGCCACCCCUCCUUCUGCAGUUGAUGGAUCUGCAGCUGGUCUGGAGAUGACAGACAGCAUCAGGGCCUUCCUCCGCAAUGUUGCGACGGGGAUUAAGGACUCCAUUUUGGGGAUUGGAACUAUCUCCAAGCUGGAUGCCCGCAUCCAGCAGAAAAGGGAGGAGCAGCGGAGGAGGAGAGCCAGCGGGGCCCUGGCUCAGAGACGGGCCCAGAGUGAGGAACGUAAACAGGAGAGUGAACCCAAAUUAGCCAGUAGGAUUUUUCAGUGCUGUGCCUGGAAUGGGGGAGUGUUCUGGCUCAGUCUGUUCCUCUUCUACCGGGUGUUUAUUCCAUUGCUGCAGACUCUGACAGCAAUAAUCAUUGGUGACCCCUCUCUCCAUGGCAACGUCUGGUCCUGGCUGGAGUUCAUAUUGACCUCCGUGUUCAGUGCUCUCUGGGUGCUCCCUCUGUUUGUGCUCAGCAAGAUAGUCAACGCCAUCUGGUUCCAGGACAUAGCUGACCUGGCCUUCGAGGUGUCUGGUCGGAAAGCCCAGCCCUUCCCCAGCGUCAGUAAGAUCAUCGCUGACAUGAUCUUCAACCUCCUCCUCCAGGCUCUCUUCCUCAUUCAGGGUAUGGUUGUGAGUCUCUUCCCCAUCGACGCUAUUGGACAGAUGGUCAGCCUUCUCCACAUGUCUCUGCUCUACUCCCUCUACUGUUUUGAGUAUCGCUGGUUCAACCAUGGCGUUGAGAUGCACCAACGGCUGUCCAACAUUGAGAGGAACUGGCCCUACUACUUUGGCUUUGGUCUCCCCAUGGCUCUGUUGACUGCCCUCCCCUCUUCAUAUAUAAUCAGUGGCUGUCUGUUCUCCAUCCUCUUCCCUCUGUUCAUUAUCAGCGCUAACGAGGCCAAAACCCCAACAAAGCUAUACCACUUCCAGCUGCGCCUCUUCUCUCUGGUUGUGCUGAUUAGCAACAAGUUGUUCCACAAGACGGUCCACCUGCAGUCCUCCCUGAACUCGUCCAUCUCCGCCGAGAAGCUGCCUCCCUCUCCCCAAGCCUCUCCUGCCCGCCAGAGACCUCUGUCCACCCAGUGAUGGCCACCGGGGGGGGGGGGAACAACGACAAGGGAGCAGCUCUGCUCAGUAAACAAAUGGAGCAGUUGAUUCUGUCUGUGGAAGGAUCUCUCUCAGGACAGGAGGAGGAUGUUUGGUUUAAAGCUAGGUUUUAUUGUGAUUUUAACGAUUUUACUAUGGCCAAUUUCAUAUUAUUUUGGAGCACAGGUCAGGUGUGUUUUUAAUGUGAAUGACGUGUAAGGAGAUUUAACUGCUGUGUGCCUCACACUCAAACACACAGGAUUCUUAUAUCUUAUUCUCAUUAAAAUGUUUUAAGUUUUUUAUGUAUGAUGUGCCAUUUUAGUGCUUUAAAUUCAGCAAAAGCAGUCAUAUACAUUGUUUUUGUUCUGCUCUUUUUGAUUGCUACUCCAAUGUUUUGCUUGUUUAUUCUGUUUAUCACCCCGUGGCUGAUCCCAGACUGCUUUGUAUAAAACUCUUGAUGUGGAAGAGAAAAAGGAAAAGGGUUACAUUUUUGCCAGGACUCAUGUUAUGUUACUCUACAUUUUGAAUGACAGACAGAGCUUUAGACACUGGUCACACGAUCCUUGGUAUUCCUUUGUUUGAGGAAUCAGCACAGGGAUGCAGCCAGUGACUAGAUGUUCAUCAAAGCGUGUGUGACUAAAAUAAGCCCCUUCUCCAUUGAAGGGGGUGACAUGUUUGCGAUGUUCAAAAGUGGAGCACAAGAGUUGUGACAUGUACAUUUUUCUGUGUUGCAAGUGACAUUCCUUUCACACUGAUGGGACGUUGUCUUGUUAAUAAAUAGCUGUUUCUCUGUAAAGCCAGGGCGUCACUGAUACUCCUCUGGCCAGAAACCCAGGAAUAAUCUUGUGUGGUGAAAACAAAGGGAUACUUUUUUUUUUCUAUAAGUGCUUUCUUUAGACUAAUUGUAAUUUGUACACUUUUCAGCAUGGGAGCUGGUCUAAACAUCCCACAAAAAAGAGCAUCCUUAAUUAAUCCAAAUAUAUCACUGGUUGUUGUGUGUAAAGUAAGGCUAGCUGUUUUGAAUAAGCUGUUUUCUAACGUUGUGUAUUAGACAGACAGGUGAAGCUGUAUGACUCUGCUGCUUGGUCAGAUCAGAUGACACUGCCAAACUGCUUUAUCUACUACUUUGUUCGACUCACUUCUGUUUCGAUCAAUUGUACACAGAACACUGCAGUGUAGGUACUUGGAAGAUGUCACUGAGCUCCGUUCUGACUGAUUUUCUCUUGAAGGAAGAAAGGAAGGUGUAUAGUGCAGAAGCCCUCUGUGUUUAUGUUCCCCUUUGAGCAGUGGCAAAUCCAAAUGGGCUGUGAGGGAUUUUUGACAUAUCUCUUGGUUCUGAAUGUUCAACCAAAACCUCACCAUGAGGGUUACCAUCAAGCUUUUACCUAAUCUUAUCUAAUAGGUUGGGUGGGGGGCAGUAUGUAAUAAUUGUAAGUGCAUAGUAUUUAUGUGUCCAGAUUGAUAUAUGUGAGUGAGAUUUUGUAAAAGUAUUAUGCCUAAUUUCAAUAAAAUUGGUCAGUAUACACUA